AUGGUCGUCGACGAAUUGGCUCGGUUAUUGCGCGUCCUGCGAGACCGCCACAUUGACAUUGACCAUGACGACGUAGCGUGGGCAUUCGAGAGCAACGCAACCGGACCGUCCGUACGUACCUGGGUUCGCAAUGCUAUAUGUGAUCCAUGUCUCCUGUCUGUGGAAGAGCGAAUUUUCCACGAGAACGAUCCGCAGCCACAUGGAAACGGCUUAGAAGAAGCGACUUGUGCGCCAUUGGACGACGGAGAUCUCGGGACGGCCAUCAAUGCACUCGAAACCAGCACUGCUUCGAUUAACAGACAGUGCCAACUACUGGAAGCACAGAAGCGGGCGCUCCAGGACAUCAACGCACAUCGUUCCCAGAGCACCUCUGUAAGAAACAUCCGCGAUCAGCGGCACCAUAAGCUUUCGCGAGAGAAGGCGCAACUAGAGUUUCAGGCCAGCGAGCUAGCAGACUUGCUUCAAACAAAAUUGCAGGGUUCCCUCGAAGAAACCGACAAAGGUACUACAGGCCUACUCUCAGCUGUUGACCGCAUUCUGGAGAAGGAUGACCGACUGCUUGACGGGCUGCAGAAGCUCUUACCUAAAACUACCAAUACAGAUGGUCUCGGAGAUCAGACACUCGAAGUCAAGAAGUUGUGUGACGUUUUGGUCGCGCUGAACGUAAAAGACAUCCGGAUGCGCGUCGACAGUGCAUACAGAGCUCAUGUUGACGUUGAUAGUGAGCUUCACAAUGGCACUACUGAGACUCCGUCAUCAAGCGAGCAGAAGCCAUCCUUGAUAGCAGAGCUCAGCGAGCUAUCUCAAGAGAUAGACAGUCUUGCCGCAAUGGCCGUGCAAAACCACUACCGCGAGCCCAUAUCGCGCGAGCUGAAAGCGGCGCAAGCGGACAACGCUUUGGAUCAGGCCCGUUGGAGUGAGUAUCUUUUGGCUACUCUGCAGUACCUCACCGCGAGGCUCACGGUCUUGGAAGAGCAUUUUGCUCGUCUCCACAUCCAUCAGCGAAGUGUCCAAAACGUGAUGGCAGCACUCGACGGCGUCCUGGCAGAGCCAGCCAAUCCUAAUUCUGAGUCACAGGAUACUGUGCGUACGCCUGUUGCGCCGUCUGCGAGAGGCCUGAAGCCGCUUCGGCUGGUCGAGGCAAAGUUCUCAGAAUCGCAGGAUCCGACUGCGGCACUCCUGAGAAUGCUUAGCGUUCGGACCGACAGGUCUGUGGGCGCCGAUCAGCUCGCGGAAACAUUGAAGUUUACGCUGAGCGAGCGGGAGUCUGAACUAGCGAGUCUACGCAGCAGCACUGAAGUUGCUAUUGCCAACCUGCUUACAGAAACACUAGUCAAGGCACAGACGGACAUGCAACACCUUUCUAAUGCGGUCUAUGCUCCUUCGGGGACGGGUGUGGUCAGGCUGCUGGACCAACAGCUGCAGGCGAAUCUGGACAGUUUGGAAACGAAGACGUACGGCUUGGGCGAGCGGAUGAGGCAACUCGACGUUGAGAAGCUGGCAGCCUUGGCGAGGAACAAGCAGAAGGUCGAGUUA